AAACAACAAUUGACAACUACUACUACUAGCCAUACAAAUGAUUUAAAUUCAUUACAAUUUCAGGCAAUAUUAAAUAAUGCAUCAGCUUUUAUUAUGGCAUUAGUAUUUCUACUAUCAUUUACAUUAUUUUUAUUACCAACCGAAUAUUUAUUUCAAUUUUAUAAAUGGAUGUUAUCAAUUAUAACGGCAUUAUUAUCAUAUAUUCUUAAUGAUCAUUAUGUAACAUUAGUAUUUAUGAAUAAUAAUAAUAAUAAUAAUGAUGGUAUAAUUAAUUUGGUACAACAACAAUUAUCAUUUACAAAUGGUUUACAUUAUAUGUUUAUUACAAAUUAUAUUUGUCAGAUGAUAUUGGCCAUAUCAUUCAUCUAUUUGACUGGAAUAUAUAAAUCAAUAAUACCAUUUGUUGCUGCAUUCUUUUUUAUAUUACCAUAUUAUGCAUUCUUUUUAACAAUGUUUAUAUCGAACAAAUAUUUAAUAUAUUUUCCAUCGAUUACAUUGUCAAUAUCUUUGAUAUAUAUACUGGUCACAUUAAUAAUGAAUAUACAGAAUAUUAUACAGGCAUUAUAUUUAAAAUUUGUUUGGAUCAAAUCCUAUAUGAGAGAUUUAGGUUUAUUUGCAUUGAUUGAAUCGGAAUGGAACCGGCUUCAUGUACCACAGGUAUUUCGUAUAUUCUGGAUCAUUCGUAUAACACAACAGGCAAUAUUUUUAAUGAUGGAAAAAUAUCCUGAAACUACCGCAACAGCUACAACAUUCGAUACAUCAAUAUUUAUAUUGAAUAGUACAGCAAUAUUUGAUAAUUGUAAACAUUUAAUGGUACGUGGUUGUGAAACACUUAUUGCUGUACUUGGUAUGACAUCCGUUUUGUCCGGUAUUACACAUCAAAUUGGUUGUAUGAUGCAAACAUUUUUAAUACUUGAUGAUCCUGAUGAUCGUUCAAUUGGUUCAAUAUCGGCUAUAAUGUUUUUUAUACUUGCAUUACAAAAUGGACUAACAUCAAUGGAACCAGAGAAAAGAUUUUUACGUUUAUAUAGAAAUUUUUGUCUAUUAUUUACUGCCAUGUUACAUUUUAUACAUAAUAUGGUCAGUCCAUUAUUAUUUUCAUUAAGUGCAUCAAGAAAUAUGUCAUUACAAAGACAUUUACGAGCUUUAACUGUUUGUACAUUUUUAAUUAUAUCACCAUAUUUGUUUUUGAAUUAUCUUUGGACCCACCAUACUAUUUCAACUUGGUUAUUAGCCGUUUCAGCAUUCGGUAUUGAAGUUAUUGUAAAAGUGAUAAUCACUUUAUUAAUAUAUACAUUAUUCAUGAUUGAUGCUUUUCGUACAUCAAUGUGGGAACAAUUAGAUGAUUAUGUUUAUUAUGUUCGUACAAUUGGUAAUCUAAUUGAAUUUGUAUUCGGUAUAUUUCUUUUUUUGAAUGGUACAUGGAUACUUAUUUUUGAAUCUGGUGGUACUAUACGUGCAUUAAUGAUGUGUAUACAUGCUUAUUUUAAUAUUUGGUGUCAAGCAAUUGCAGGAAUUAACAACAGCACUGUUUGUCUUAGAAAAUGGCUUUAUUUACAGGAUAUUUGUCCAUUAUGUCAUAAAACAUUAUAUAUUUGAACAGAAAACAAAAUUAGAGUUUUAGUAUCUGUGAUUAAAUUCUUCAGAAUCAAAUGUGCUGCAUCAAAUGUUGCUGCUGCUGGUUUUUUCCAUUAUAAAAUGACGAAAGCAAAAGACAUAGAAAACAAAACAAAAGACAUCGAAAACAGAGCUAUCAACAAAUUCAAUCGAACAAUGUGAAAAUCUUCAAGUGA